AUGGCCACUGCACUUUCAAGCACUAUGCCAUUACAAAGCAAUACAGAAAACAGGAAGAGGGCUCACCGGCCGUACCUUCUCGGUGCCGGACCUGGCACAGGACCGGGGGACCGACCGUCUCAGCGCUUGAUCCUCUGCGGUCCCCUCGAUGCCGCCUCCCUCCGUGUGUUGGAGCCGUUAGAAGCCGCGAACCUCCCCCGCAGGCCGUCCCUGUCCCCGGCCUCCGGGGCCAGGAAGAGCCAGCACAUCGCGGGCUGGGGGGUCGGACCGGCUGAGGCCGCCCGCUCCUCAGACCCCUCGUCCCCCGGCCUCGCCUCCUGGUUCCUUGGCGGCGGAAAACGGAGCGCGGCCCGGCGGCAGCGGCCCCGAGGGCCGGUUAACGGCCGCCCAGCGGCGGCGGGCGGCGGCGCUUCCCUGCGGGGCUCCGGCGGCGGCCGAGGCCGAAGCGGCUCCACGGUUCUACAAGAAGCAAACAUCAAAGCAUGCAAUAAUUCCUUGCAAAUCAGCGAAUCAAGCAGAAAAUUGUGUCAUGAAGAAUACUUCACAUUGUCAUUUCCUAAACCACCACAGCCAGGCAGAGAAAAGAGAUCGAGACUUUCAGAAUUACAAACCUCCAUUCCUGGUCAUCAGCCAGCAAAAAGGAAAGCUAUACGUGUGGCAAACGCCCAUGGUAAGAAGCAGAACCUGGUGGCCUUUUAUGUGCGUCAGCAAGGCUGCGCUCUCCUGGCCACCAAUAAAUAUGACAAAAGAAAAUUAGAAGAAGUCCAUACACCUGCUCAGAUAUGGAUAAGGUAUUUUUUAAGAAAAAAAUGCCAAAGGCCAUCUAAUUACUUCACUGUCAGAAGACAGGAUCCCUUUAGUCUUCCCUAUACUCCUAAAACCCAUUCUGAAAAGGCAGAAUCUGAAAAGUCGGAAGAGUCCAAGAAAAAUACUGGCCCACAUGAAAAAACUCCAGAAUCCAAAAAAAUGGCAAAUGAUAAAAAACCUAAAAGAGGAGCUAAAACAGAUAAAACUUUAUCAAAAUCAUCACAUGAAAGUGAACUAUCUAAGAAGUUGAAGUACAAACCAGAAACAAACCCAGAAUCCAAAGAUUCUAAGGUAGUCUUAGUGAAGGAUCCAAGAAAAAGUAAGAGAGAUUUCAAAAUUUUCAAGAAGACAAAUAUUAAAUCCAUAUGUACACGAAAGAAUUCCAAGAGCCCAGAGAACAAUUCUGAUGCCAAAUCUGAGGCCUACUCAAAAAAUAGUUCAAAUAUAGAUUUAAUGAUAUCUCUAGAGGAGUCUGGUGCUGAAUCCAUGGAAUUUGAUACGUGGUUAAAUAAUUGCUCGCAGAAUAAUUCAAAGAAGACUUCAAAGAAGGAAGCAAAUAAAAGCUCUGAUACUGAAUCUUUAGAUUCAAAAGAUGGAAAGAAGGGUAAUAAAGGUAUAAAGAAAGGCAAGAAGAAAGUUGCAAAGAAGGACACAGAAUCUACUGAUGAAUCUGCAAGCUCAAAGGAUGAAAAGAAAGGCUUAAAGAAGGUUAAGAAAGAUCCAAAGAAAAUUAACAAAAAGAAAGAAUCAAAGGACACAGAGACUACUGGUACAGAAUCUGAGUCUGAAUUGGAUUCAAAAAAGGCUAAGAAAGAUUCAAAGAAUAAGAAAGGUUCAAGGAAGGACAGCAAGAAAAUGGAUGCCAAGGAGGACACAGUAUCAACUGAUGGUGAUCCUGAAUCUGACGUGCUUUCAAAAAGUGAUGAAAAAGAUGAAAAGGUCAGGAAGAGAGGCUCAAAGAAAGGUGACAAAAAGAAGUCUGCAAUAAAGUCUGAAGAGUCCAGUGAAAUUGAAUCUGAUUCAGAUUCAAAAAUGGCUAAGAGAAGUUCAAGGGAAAGUGCCAAGAAGCAGAAAGCAAAGAACAUAGAGUCUAGUGAUGCAGAAUCUGAGGACUCUUCCAAGAAAGAACCAAAGAAGACUGGAUUGAUCAAAAGUUCAGAUGCUGAGUCUGAUGAUUCAAUGCAUAGACUUGGGGCUCAAAACAAAGGAGCUGAAGAAUCAGAUGGCACAUCUGCAGAUUCAAAGAAGGGGGUGCUGGGACAGAAAAGAGAUAUCAAAACGUCAUUCAGAAGGACUACAUUCAGAGGAAAAGAAAAAGCAGUUACAGGUAGAUUUCCUCCGCCAAGAAGAAGCCCAACAUUUCCACCAUUUCCUUUGGAGCCGAUAAUUCUGUCACCUAAGAUCAAACGUCCCUGUCAGUGCAAGAUGCAGCUUCCACCUCCAAAACCAAGAUAUGCUCCUUUGCCUGAAGCAAAGUGGAUUCAUAAGCUGCUUUAA